CACUGUCCUGGCAACUGCCGCCGCAGAGGCUGCCGGGAAGCGGCGCGGAACUGCGGUGCCCGAGGCGGGCCAGGAACGGAUCCCGCCCCUUCCACCGCCGGCUCUUGCAGACGCCAUGGGUUGGGAGGAGAAGCAGGUCCGCGGGUACCUCGAGUUCAUGCAGACGGCGCAGCGCUACCAUGGCCGGCCCAUCUUCGCGCUCUUCUGCGGCGACAAGGAUGCCGAGGGCAGGAGCUGGUGCCCCGACUGCGUGACGGCUGAACCAGUUGUGAGGAAGGAACUUCAUAACAUGCCUGAUGACUCUGUAUUCAUCUACUGCCUAGUAGGAGACAGAACCUACUGGAAAGAUCCCAACAAUGAAUUCAGAAAGAAUCUGAAACUAACAGGAGUGCCUACACUACUGAAAUACGGAACACCUCAGAAGCUGGUUGAAGAAGAAUGUUUUAAAGCAGACCUUGUGCGUAUGUUGUUUACUGAAGACUAAAUCCUCCAGUAGUCAAUCAUUUAUAAAGAUUAUUUGCAGUAUCCUUUAGCCUUUUUUUAAACUUUGAUGGUUAAUUUCUUUUGACUAAGAUAAAUGUCCUUAAAUUCUAGGUCCAAACCUUCCACUAAAAUUCUGCAACUAAAAUAUGUAUCUUUCCUUCCAUGUUCAAAUAAACUGGAGUUUGCAAACAGUU